GCUUCUCCUGCUUCUCGGCCUCCUCCUCCCGACCCUCAGUCGCAGUGACGAUUCGAGACUAUAUUCGAUGUGGGAUUUCGCAAGGACAGCGUGAGCUGUGGCACGAUUUCGUUAAUUUCGCACCCUAUCGAGGCGGCGCUUCAGGGUGUCACGCUGCUGCUUAUAGAAUUGUAGCUUCUCUGGUGUAGUCAGGUGCGCUGCUGGCUUGGUGACUUCAUCAUCGUCUGAAUCCUCCCACAUGCUUGUGAACUCGGGAGCCAUGAGCGGCUGAGCAGAAGACUGGGACGGUAGACCCGUGGCUGUCAAGGAAGGACUGUGACGGGUUCUUCAUCAUCAUCGCCCCCUUCGCCAGUGCAUUCAGCAUCAUCGCCAUCGCAUGGGCCAACGCUUCUGGAGGCUCAGCUGCUGGAUACCCAUGCGAUAAUUGGGCUAGGGUUACGUACUUUGGCUUGUGGCAAAGUCGGCAGCUGAGAAGCGAGAGAUGUUGCAGGUGACAUGGCCGCUCCCGGGAUCAUCGUCGACCCCAGAUUUCUCACAUGCCUUCGAAAUGGUGUUUUUCUUCAUCAACGAGAGGUUUCUGGCCUUGAGAUACUCAGCCAAGACCUGUGAUGCCGUGAUUCUGGCUCCACUUCUCUCAGAAGUCUUGAUCCAUUUUCUCUUGGGCUAGACUUCUCCCAUGACUUCGAAAUGGAGCGACAUGAAUUAGCCGCGGGACCGCUUGAGUCCCGCCGAAACAAAUUCACAUCCCCGCGGGUCAAACCAGGACUGCCGCGGGACCACCGCCGGUCCCGCUGGGACUCCUGUCAGUUCUGGGACCACCGCUAGAUGUCGUUGAAUACUGUAGCAGUUGCGCAUAUUCUACCCCC